AUGAAGCUUCUCUACCCAACUUCGCUUGCACUCGACGUAAAGAGCCUCGAAGGUUACUCUGUUGACCUUCAGCCCUACGAUGUCAAGGAGCCGAUCCCCGAAGAGCAUACCGACGCCUCGGUUCUCGUGACAUGGACCAACUCGGCCUCGAACCUGUCCGACGCGGCAAAGCGCCUCAAGAACCUCGGCUGGAUCCAAUCGCUCGCCGCCGGCCCCAACGACGUGCUCGGUGCCGGCUUCGACGCCUCCAAGAUCAAGAUCACCACCGGCUCCGGUCUCCAUGACCGUACCGUGGCCGAACACGCAUUGGGCCUGCUGCUCAAUGCGGCCCGCCGGUUCUACGAGAUGCGCGAUUGGCAAUUACAAUCCAAGUGGCCCCAGCACCUGGGGGGUCCCCAGCCCGACCGGCCCAAGGGCAAGUUUACAACCCUCAGGGAUGCCAACGUUCUGAUCUGGGGCUACGGCAACAUUGCCAAGGCUCUGGCGCCGUCGUUGACGCUCCUCGGCGCGACCGUCCGCGGUGUGGCCAGGAGUCAAGGCGUGAGGAACGGUGUUGAGGUGUAUGGAGAAGACAAGCUGCCCGAACUGCUGCCGCAGACAGACGCUCUCGUCAUGAUCCUGCCGGGGUCCGAGAGCACGAAGCAUGCUCUGAACGCAGAGAGACUAAAGUUGCUGCCCAACCACGCAUGGGUGGUGAAUGUGGGACGUGGCACGUCGAUAGACGAGGAGGCUCUCUUCAGUGCACUGGAGAGUUCACAGAUUGGAGGCGCAGCCCUAGACGUGUUUGACCAGGAGCCACUGCCAGGGUCCUCGAAGCUGUGGAAGGCACCCAACUGUAUUGUGAGCCCACACGCUGCUGGAGGUAGACCACAGGGAGCCGAGGCCCUGAUUGCAGAGAACCUCAGGAAGUUCAUAGCAGGCCAGGAUCUGAGGAACAUCAUCUGA